AUGCAUAGAUUUUUUAAAAGAAAAACUCCAGAAUCAGAAGAACAAAAUAUUGGAGAUGUUACAGUUGGAGAAUUUGAUUUUUCACAAUUACUAGCAGAUCCUAGACUAAGGAUUCCAAUUUGUUCUUAUAAUGCUAACAUUAGGGAUCAAGUUCGAAGGAUAUAUUUGCAAAAAGGCCCAUGCCAACCUUCAGGUUAUGAAUUCCCAAAACGAAAAUUUGGAGUAAGCCAAUUUAGACGGUUUAAUCCUUCAUGGUUUAAGGAAUUUGGUGAUUGGUUGGAAUAUAGUAUAGAAAAAGAUGCGGCAUAUUGUUUGUAUUGUUAUCUCUUCAAGACAACUAAGGGAAAACAAGCAGGAGGAGAGACUUUUGUUAGCGAAGGAUUCACAAAUUGGAAGGGUAAAGAUAGAUUAAACAUUCAUGUUGGCCAACAUGAUAGUGAACAUCAUAAAGCUCGAAUGAAUUGUGAAGCUUUGAUGAAUCAAGAUGAGCACAUUCAAUCAAUUUUGCACAAACAGUCAAAGCAAAUGCGAAAUGAUUAUCGUAUCCGUCUCAAUGCUUCGAUUGAUUGUAUCAGAGUUUUGUUGCGACAAGGGAAUUCAUUUCAGGGUCAUGAUGAGACUGAAGGUUCUCUUAAUCCGGGAAACUUUCUUAUUCUACUGGAGUUUUUAGGUGCUCAUAAUAAAGAGAUUAAUGAUGUGAUAUUGAAAAAUGCUCCUAAAAAUUGCAAGUUAACAUCACCGGAUAUUCAGAAUGAUAUAGUAAGGGCCUGUGCAUCUGAAACAAUUAAUGUUAUUAUCAAAGAUAUUGGUAAUUCAUUAUUCUCUAUUUUAGUUGAUGAAUCUCGUGAUGUGUCAAUGAAGGAGCAAAUGUCAGUUGUUUUGCGCUAUGUGGAUAGUAGUGGGCAUGUAAAUGAGCGUUUUAUUGGAAUUGAACAUGUUACUAGUACUACAGCACUCUCACUUAAAGCUGCUAUUGAUAAGAUGUUCUCUAAAUAUAAUUUGAGCAUAGCUAAUGUGAGAGGACAAGGUUUUGAUGGAGCAAGUAAUAUGCAAGGUAAAUUUAAUGGUCUAAAAGCACUCAUUUUAAAGGAGAACCCAUGUGCAUUUUACAUACAUUGUUUUGCCCAUCAGCUUCAACUAGCUCUUAUAGCUGUGGCCAAGAAAAAUCUUCCAAUUUCUAAUUUCUUUCGUAUUGUUGGUGAUGUGGUAAAUGUUGUUGGAUCAUCUUGCAAACGUUCUGAUCUUCUUAAGAAGAAACAUUCAGAUUUUAUUGUUGAGGCACUAGAGAGGGAUGAAAUUUCAAGUGGUCGAGGACUUAAUCAAGAAACUACCCUUCAACGUGCUGGGGAUACACGUUGGGGGUCACAUUACAAUUCUUUGAUCAGUUUGAUUUCUAUGUUCUCUGCUGUCAGUGAUGUGCUUGAAGUGAUUUCAGAAGAUGAUUCUAGUUCUCCUGAUCAAAAAACUGAGGCAUUUAAUUUAUUGGAGUCAAUACUUUCAUUUGAUUUUGCAUUCAAUCUACACUUGAUGAAACAUGUCUUAGGGAUUUCGAGUGAAUUGUCGACGACAUUACAAAAGAAAGAUCAGGAUAUUGCAAAUGCAAUGGAUUUGGUACAAGCUUUUGACAAGAAAAAAUUGUUGCAACUGGCUGAGUUUUAUCCACAAGAUUUCUCAAGAUUUGAUCUUCUCGUACUUGAUGAUCAACUGGAAACUUAUAUAUGUGAUAUGCGUUCUAACAAAGCACUUCAAGGAUUGAAAGGCCUCAGUGAUCUUUCAGAGAAGUUAGUUAUGUCAAAGAAAAAUAUAGUGUAUCCAUUGGUUUUUAAGCUUUUGACAUUAGCAUUAAUUUUACCGGUUGCGACCGCGACGGUAGAGAGAGUGUUUUCUGCCAUGAGAAUUGUGAAAGACAGGUUGCGCAAUCGAAUGAGUGAUGAUUGGAUGAAUGAUAGUCUUAUUGUCUAUGUAGAGAAAGAUAUAUUUCUAAUGGUUGAUAAUGAAGCUAUUAUACAAAAGUUUCAAAAUAUGAAGACUCGGAAAGAACAAUUGUAA